AUGAAGAUAAAGGCACUGACCCGCGCCCCUCAGCAGCCUGCGGGCUCUGACGUCGCGAGGAAACCGAAGAAUGUCGAUCCAGCUCUGCAUCCCUUUGAGCGGGCGAGGGAGUACCAAAGGGCCCUCAAUGCAGUCAAGAUCGAGAGGAUGUUUGCCGCGCCUUUUAUAGCACAGCUUGGCAAAGGUCAUGUCGACUCGGUCUUCUCCAUGACAGUGGACCCUGAAUCCCUUUCAAGAGUCGCCUCCGGAAGCGCCGAUGGUGUUGUCAAGAUCUGGGAUUUGACAAGUCGAGAGGAAGUGUGGCACACGACGGCCCACGAAAACAUCGUGAAAGGCAUGUGCUUCACAAAGGACCAGAAACUCCUCACUUGCGCUUCCGACAAGACGAUCAAGUUCUUCUCACCCGACCAAGAUUCCGACUCUGCUCCUCUAUCAACCUGGCUUGGAAGCAACGCUUUCACAUCUCUGUCUCAUCACCGAUCCAAGAACUCGUUCGCUGCCGCUUCCAGCGUCAUCUCCGUCUAUGACCUUGAACGCCACUCCGCCGCGCCCGAAGUUUUGCGCUGGCCCACAUCUACAGACACCAUCAACUCGGUUGCGUUUAAUCAGGUGGAGCAGUCAAUACUCGGCUCUUGUGCCUCAGACCGUGGUAUCAUAUUAUACGACCUGCGAACUUCCAUGCCUCUGCAUAAGACUAUUUUGAAUUUUACCUGCAACAAAUUCGCAUGGAACCCUAUGGAGGCUUUCAACUUUGCCGUCGCUAGCGAGGACCACAACAUUUAUAUAUUUGACAUGCGCAAAAUUGAUCGAGCCCUGAAUGUACUGAAAGGUCAUGUGGCUGCUGUCAUGGAUGUACAAUUUUCACCCAACGGUGAAGAGCUUGUUUCUGGUUCGUAUGACCGCACUAUCAGACUCUGGAAGAGGGACAAGGGACAUUCCGCCGACAUAUAUCAUACGAAACGGAUGCAGCGUGUCUUUGCCUCUGCCUGGACUCCGGAUAACAAAUACGUUCUGAGCGGCUCUGACGAUGGUAACGUGCGGCUGUGGCGGGCUCGUGCCUCGCAGCGCGAGGGCAUCAAAUCUGCACGCCAGCGGCAGGCCGAAGAGUACAACCAAGCAGUGACGGCACGGUACGCUCACAUGCCCGAGAUCAGGCGAAUCAAGAACCACCGCCACGUCCCCAAGGUGAUUAAGAAGGCGGGUGAGAUCAAGAGCGAGGAGCUCAGGGCUAUCAAGAGGCGUGAGGAGAACGAGCGCAAGCACUCGAGCAAGAAAUUCGAGAAGCGAAAGGCGGAGAGAGAAAAGAUGAUCCUGGCCAAGGAAAAGUGA